AGAUACACACGUUAUUUCCGGUUGCGAUCCUUCUGAAGAUGAGCGGUUAAAGUGAAGUCCUCCAGGUGAGCUCAGGUCUGCAGGUGAGGUCCAAACAUGAGGAUGUAAAGUCCAGAUUGACCCAGAGACCAGGUGGUCUCGGAGAGCUCUAAAGAUAAAGGAGGAGAAAACACCGGUAGCCGCAGCCGUCCCUCCUCCUCCUCCUCUGUCGGCUCUGCCGGGCGGCUUCCUCAAACAACUGGUCCGAGACUCAGAGAAGGAGACCAAGCAGAAAGAGCCGGAGGUCAAAGACGAGAAGACACCGAGCAAACUGAGCGACAACCUGGUGCAACAGUUCCUCCUCCCAGAUCAGACUCCCCCGAUCCUCGAGGCCGAGAUGGCGCUCCGAGCCGAGCAGCUUCUCAACAACAGCAAGCAAGGACGCAACUCGGCCCACUCAGACAACAGCUCAUCGUCUCAGAGGCUCAUAGUCACACCUGAACAGGAACCCAGACAGGUGACUCCAGAGCCACCGAAGAGGCAUCAGACUGAGGCGAGAUCAGAGAGAAGCCAGAAGAAGAGGACGGAGGAGAGACAGAAGGAGAGGAUGGAGGAGAGGCAGAAGGAGAGGACGGAGGAGAGGCAGGAGAAGGAGAGGAUAGAGGAGGUGAAGCAGGUGAAGCUGGUGGAGAAGAAAGAGAAGGGGAUGGAGGAGAGGCAGGAGCCAGAGGGACGGCAAGCAGACACAACUGUGACAGAGCAAGUCAGGGAGGUUAGAGACGUGUGGUAUGAAGCUGGGACUGUGUGGUACGUCCAUAAGGAUGGUUUCUCUCUGGCCACUCAGUUAAAACCGGAUGAAGGCACACCUGAGCUCCCAGAAGGCAGAGUGAGAGUCCGCCUGCAGACCGAUGGAUCUCUGCACGACGUCACACAGUACGAGAUCGAAAAGUGUAAUCCUGCAGACCUGGACCUGUGCGAGGACCUGAGCGACCUGCAGAGCGUGAAUGAAUGUGGCGUGCUGCACACGCUCACCAGCCGAGCUAAAGCUAACAUGCCGCUAACACACGCCGGACCAAACCUGCUGAACUUCUGGCCUCCGUUACAGACGCACAGCAAGACUCCAAAGUCUCGGCGAGGGGAGUCUUUGUGGGACGCUCCCCCGGCCCUGGCUGCUCUGGUGAAACGUGUGUACGUGUCCAUGGUGGGGACCAGGAGGGACCACAGCGUGUGUGCGGUGGGACGCAGCGGCACAGGAAAGACGACGGCGUGUCAGGCCUUCACGCUCGCUCUGCUCAAACAGGCGGGAACCAUCGGGGAGAAGUUGAGCGUGGAGCGCGUUCAGGCCAUGUUCACCGUCCUCAGGUCGUUCGGCUGUGUGAGCUCGCAGCACAGCGACGCCUCCUCUCGCUUCGCCAUGGUCUUCUCUCUGGACUUUAACCACGCGGGACAGGCUGCUGCCGGACACCUACAGACGAUGAUGAUGGACAAAUGGAAAGUGUGUCAGAAAACUCCAGGAGAGAGUAACUUCCUGGUCUUCUCUCAGAUGCUGGGAGGACUCAGCACAGAGAUGAGGACGGAGCUGCAGCUUCAUCAGCUUCCUGAGUCCAACUCUUUUGGAAUCGUUCAUCCUACGAAGGUUGAGGAGAAGCAACGUGCGUCGGUCGCCUUCACCAAGCUGCUGACUGCCAUGGAAACGCUGGGCUUCUCGUCCGGCGAGCAGAAGGCGAUCUGGCAUGUUCUGGCUGGUAUUUACCAUCUGGGAGCCGCCGGGGCCUGCAAAGUGGGAAGGAGACAGUUUGUGAGCUUUGACAGCGCUCAGGUGGCGAGCGGCGUGCUGGGAUGCGAGGGAGAGGAGCUGCAAACCGCUGUCUUCAAACAUCACCUCCGACAGCUGCUGCAGAAAGCCACCGGGGGCAGCAGAGAGAGGAACAAUGCUGCUGAGGCAGAGGAGGGUCCCAGGCUGACGGCAGUUCAGUGUGUAGAAGGGAUGGCUGCUGGACUCUACGAGGAGCUCUUCACCUCCGUGGUCUCUCUGAUCAACAGAGCUCUGAGUAACCAGCAGCUGACCCUGGCCUCGGUGAUGGUCGUGGACACGCCCGGUCUGAGGAACCCGAGACACUUGGCGGAGGAGCGAGCGGCCGGCUGGUCCGAGCUCUGCCACAACUACCUGCAGGAGAGGCUGCUGGAGCACUACCACACACACACCUUCACACACACACUGGAGAGAUACACACAGGAGAAGAUCCGGGUGGAUGUAGAGAGUCCGGAGAAGAGUCCGGCGGAGGUGGUGUCCGCCAUCGACCAGCCGCCUCCACAGGUCCGAGCAGCAGAUGGAGACCCCAGAGGUCUGUUAUGGGUUCUUGAUGAGGAGAUGGUGACACCAGCCUCCAGUGAGAACAGCGCCUUGGAGAGAGUCUGCCAGUAUUACAGCAACACGGUGCGUCAGUGCGAGCAGCCGCUGCAGUGCGAGGUGAACCACCUCACGGGCUGCGACCCGAUCCGCUAUGACCUGACGGGCUGGUUCGGUCUGAUCCAGAACAACCCGUCUGCUCUGAACGCCAUCUGUGUGCUCCAGAACUCCUCCAUAGGAGAGGUGAAGGCCAUGUUCACCCCCAGAGUCUCCCUGCCCCCUCUGUGUCGUGGUCUUGGGGGUCUGGAGGGAGCCAGCCAGCGCUCGCUGCAGAGAAACGGCACCAUCAGGAAGACGUUCAGCGGAGGGAUGGCGGCCGUGCGCAGACACUCCCAGUGCAUUGCCGUCAAGCUGCAGGCGGACGCUCUGGUGAACCUGAUUCGUCGAGCCCGGCCGGUGUUCCUGCAGUGUGUGAACGCCAAGUGUGACAGCGGGAGCUUUGACGUCGCGGCGCUCAGGACGCAGCUUCACUCCACGCAGAUCCUCUCCGCCCUGCAGAUCCACCGAACAGGUUACCCGGAGCACAUGAGUCUGAGCGACUUCAGGUGUCACUUCCAGGCGUUGUCUCCUCCUAUCAUGAAACGUUACGCCUCCAUGUUUGUCAGUCACGAUGAGAGGAAGGCGGUGGAGGAGCUGCUGGCAGAUCUGGACCUGGACAAGAAGAGCAUCGUUUUGGGAGCCAGCAGGGUGUUCAUGAAGAGAGGCGUGCUGCGUUACCUGGAGCAGCAGAGGGAUCAGCAGGUCACGGGCUGGCUGGUCCACCUUCAGGCCGCCUGUCUGGGACACCUGGCCCGUCAGAUGUACCGAAAACUCAAGGUGCAGCAGAUGGCGGUCAGGUGUCUGCAGAGGAACAUCCGGGCGAUGAGAGUGGCGGCGAGGUGGAGCUGGUGGAAACUUUUCUGCAAAGUGCGUCCUCAGCUCGACGUCAACCUGGACAACGAGAGGCUGCGGGCUAAAGAGGACGAGAUCUCGGCUCUGAGGCGACGUCUGGAGAAAUCAGAGAAGGAGAGGAACGAGCUGAGGCAGAGUGCAGACGGCCUGGAGACCAAGGUUACAGCCGUGACAUCAGAGCUGAGUGAUGAGCGUUUCCGUGGCGAUGCCGUCGGUAAGGCUCUGGAUGUGGAGCGGGCCGAGAGACUCCGACUCAGCAGGGAGAACAAAGACCUGCAGGCUCGGCUGGAUCAGUGUAAGGUCAGCAUGGAGACUCUGGAGAAGCAGCUGGAGGAGGAGAAGCAGAAAGUCCAGAUCGCAGAGAGUCAGAAAGGAGCGUGGACAGACGGCGAGCUGGCCAUGCAGCUGGAGUGCUGCCAGACGGAGGUGGAAUUCGUCCGCAGACGACUCAAGCAGACGGAGGAAAAACUGGAGACGGAGAGACAGACGCGACAACAGCUCGAUGCCAAGGUGACGUCUCUGCAGGCCCAGCUGGAGCAGUCUCGGCGGAGUGCGACAGAACUGAAACGUCACUGCCGCCGCGUGACCUCUGACCUCCAGGACGCCAGAGUCCUCACAGACAGCCUGCAGAGCCGCAUGCAUGAGCUGGACCGCAAACAGAGACGGUUCGACAGCGAGCUGACUCAGGCCCUGAAGGAAGCCGACAACGAGAGAGAGCAGAAGGACAAAGUGUGUCAGGAGAACACGGCUCUGGGUGCAGAGAUAUACUCGCUGCGCCGCGGCGUGCAGGAGAGCCAGUCAGAGGUGAGCCGUCUGCAGAAGCAGAAGGAGGAGUUGUGCGCUCAGAUCCGUGACCUCAGCCUGCCAGUGGAUCUCGCCUCAGAGUCGCUCCCCGACCUCAAGAAGCAGCUUCGCCUCCUGGAGAGUCAGGCCGGCGAGAGAGCGCAGGAAAUCAGCACGCUCAGCGCCAAGAUCCAGCAGAAGGAGCAGGUCCACAUGCGCUUUGAGAUGGAGAUGGAGCGGAUGAAGCAGAUCCAUCAGAAGGAGCUGGAGGACAAAGAGGAGGAGUUGGAGGAUGUGCACAAGUCCUCUCAGAGACGGCUGAGGCAGUUGGAGAUGCAGUUGGAGCAGGAGUACGAGGAGAAACAGAUGGUGAUUCACGAGAAGCACGACUUGGAGGGACUCAUAGCGACUCUGUGUGACCAGGUCGGACACAGAGACUUCGACGUGGAGAAGAAGCUGAGGAGAGACCUGAAGAGGACUCACGCCCUGCUGGCCGACGCCCAGCUCCUCCUCUCCACCGUGGACAGCCCGGGGCAGAACUUCCCCAACGGCAGCAGGGAGCAGAUCGAGCGCCUGCACUGCCAGCUGGAGGAGAGCGACUCGAGGCGGCUGGAGGCGGAGAGCAUUCAGACGACGCUCUCUCAGGAGCUGGAGAACUCUCAGAUCGAACUGGAAAACAUCUGCAAACAGAAGAGCGUGGUGGACGAGCAGAUAAUGCUCCUGCAGCACGAGAAGGUGGACCUGCUGAAGAGACUGGAGGAGGACCAGGAAGACCUGAACGAGCUAAUGAAGAAGCACAAAGCUCUCAUCGCUCAGUCCUCGAGUGAUAUCUCUCAGAUCAGAGAGCUGCAGGCUGAGCUGGAGGAGGCAAAGAAGCAGAGGCACACUCUGCAGGAGGAGCUCCAGCAGAGCGUGUCCAGGGUGCAGUUCCUGGAGUCGUCCACUGUGGGGCGCAGCAUCGUCAGUAAACAGGAGGCUCGAGUGUGUGACCUGGAGAACAAACUGGAGUUCCAGAGAGGGCAGGUCAAGAGGUUUGAGGUGUUGGUGCUGCGUCUGAGGGAUAGCGUGGUCCGUCUCGGGGAGGAGCUGGAGCAGAGCGCCCAGGCGGAGGCUCGGGAGAAGGAGAACGCGCGGUACUACCAGCAGCGCGUCCAGGACAUGAGGCUGGAGAUGGAGGAGCUGAUUCAGAGGGAGCAGGACAGCGGGCGCAGACGCAUGGAGCUGGAAAUGCAGGUGGAGGAACUGAGCGCCGUCAGGCAGGCGCUGCAGGCCGACCUGGAGACGUCCAUCCGCCGCAUCGUGGAUCUGCAGGCCGCCCUGGAGGAGGUGGAGUCCAGCGAUGAGAGCGACUCAGAGAGUGACUCUGUGUCCAGUGCUGGCUCCAUCGGGACGGAGGACGUCGGGGAGGGGAUCCGUCACUGGUUAGGAGUCCCCAGAGGAGGCUCCCGAGCCGGGGGGUCUCUGUACGGCAGCAGCCACGGGGGGCGGCAGUCUGUGGCCGACACCAUGAGCACCUACAGCUUCCGGUCCUGUGUGGACCCUGAAGACGAGGGAUCUGAGGCUGCAGGGUCCGGCGGUCUAGGUCGAGCUCCGUCCUCCUCCGCUCUGUCCGAGCUCCUGGAAGGACUCCGAAAACGCAGAGCGGGUGGAGACGCAGCCGAUGGAGCCGGGAGCACGGUCUCCCUGCCCGUCUAUCAAACCACAGCAGCCUCCACACUCAGACGGAGAGCCUCCGCCCUCUCUCUGGGACCGGAGGACCUCCAGGAACCCCGACCCGGCCCCAGCAUCCUCAAACCCUCCUCCCCGCUCCUGUCCCGCUCCGCCAGCUCUCGCUCCGUCAGCGACGCUCCAACAUCCGUGUCCACGUCGACGUCAGGAGCCAAACUGUCCCGCUUCAACUCCACCGACUCUGUCUCCGCUCUCCCCUCGCUGCCUCGCCUCUCCUCUUUGGCGUCCUCCCUCACUUCUCGCCAUCGUCCCCCGUCCCUCUCCAUCCCAGAGGAAGACCCAGAAGAACCCCGCCGCUCUGUGGCGAGUCCCCUCCAGCGCUCCCCUCAGCCUUUGAGGCGGUGCAUGCUGGGUAGUCUCAUAACACAUGACGGAGGCGAAGCCCCUCUGGGAUCUGAGCCCCUCGUCUUCCAAAACCGCCGCCUCGCUGACGACGACGACGCCACAUCAGACAUCCUGCCCGCCAUCCGCAGAGCCCAGUCCACCAGCAGCCUGGCCGGCUCGGUGAGGGGGGGCAGGCGGGCGCUGAGCGUCCACUUUGGAGACCUGCCGCCCUCCACGCGCAGCAAGAGGAGCUCUGAAACCGAGUCCUCCAGCUCAGGGGGGUCAGGGGGAAGCUCUCAGAACGGGGGAGCGAGGCGCAAGUAUGACAGGCCGCAGGGAGAGAGGCUGGAGGCCGAGGGGAGCGAGGCGGGAGACGUGGCGUCAGUCAUGAAGAAGUAUUUGAAAAAAGAGGUGGACUGAGGUCGCCGAGUAGAGGAGCCUCUGUGUGUGUGUGUCCACAUCCAGCCGUGAGCUUCACACACACUGAAGAGAGCGGGAGCUGCAGUCCAGGCUGCGGCAAACACUUCAGGAGUCGACGAGGAGGUUUCUCUACGUCUGCUGGAAACUCCUUCAGAACACUUUCCGCUGUGUCUCACAUCAAAACUGUUUGUAUAUGAAUAAAAAAUGAAAGAGCGA